GUCGUUUUCUAACUCAUAUCCACACAGUAACAGCUGUUUCUCUCUGUUCUCUCUGCAUGAAACUCGAUUCCAAUAAAAAGGCGAAAGUUUUGAAUUUUUGCCAUUGAAGGACACUCUAAAAUUGAGUCAUAGUUCUCAAAAAUAAUGGCGAAGGACUCACUUCCUCCAUUAUUCUCACUUGAGGACUCAUUUCUCACCUAUAUAAACCAUCAUUUUCUUCUCUCUAGUCACCGUCAUCACCACCAAAAACCCUAGCUUUGAUUUCUAGAUCUGAGUCUCCAUGACGAUUCUCAUCGAUCACCACCCUGAUCAAAACGACGCAGGAGACGAGACUGUAGAGAAGAAUCAGAGGAAUGUAAAAGAGGAAGAAACAGAGCUUAUGUUAGAUGGAGGUUUCGUGGCUCCUAACACCAACUCCUUUGGUCACACCUUCAGGGAUUAUGAUGCUGCGAGUGAAAGGAGAAGAAGCGUGGAGGAAUUCUACAGAACCAAUCACAUUGGACAAACCGUUGAUUUCGUGAGGAGGAUGAGGGAGGAGUACGGGAAGCUAAACCGAACCGAGAUGAGCAUUUGGGAAUGCUGUGAGCUUCUGAACGAGUUUAUCGACGAGAGUGAUCCCGAUCUGGACGAGCCUCAGAUCGAACAUCUGCUUCAGACAGCUGAAGCCAUCAGAAAAGAUUACCCUGAUGAAGAUUGGCUCCAUUUGACCGGUCUUAUCCACGAUCUUGGAAAAGUUCUUCUCCACUCUUCAUUUGGUGAGCUUCCUCAAUGGGCUGUUGUUGGCGAUACAUAUCCAGUGGGAUGUGCUUUUGAUAAAUCCAUUGUUCACCACAAGUACUUCAAGGAAAAUCCAGACUAUGAUAACCCUAGUUACAACACUAAGUAUGGAAUAUACACAGAAGGUUGUGGACUCAACAAUGUGUUCAUGUCUUGGGGACAUGAUGAUUACAUGUACAUGGUUGCCAAGGAGAAUCAAACUACAUUACCAUCAGCUGGUCUUUUCAUCAUUAGAUACCAUUCGUUCUACGCUGUUCACAAAUCAGAAGCAUACAAGCAUUUGAUGAACAAUGAAGACAGAGAGAACAUCAAGUGGCUGAAAGUGUUCAACAAGUACGAUCUCUACAGCAAAAGCAAAGUCCGCAUAAACGUGGAGCAAGUGAAACCCUAUUAUCUUUCCCUAAUCAACAAGUAUUUUCCGGCGAAGUUGAAAUGGUGAAAACUCACAAGCGUAAAGAUGUUCUAAUAAAAUGACUGUGAUGAGUGUGACCAAGAUAUGUGUAAACCUAGUUAAAGGCAUUAACGGAUAUAUGCCUUGAUUAAUAAAACAGAGUGCUGUUCAGUAAAUAAAUGUUUUUUUUUUAAAAAAAAAUCGCAAGAAAUCCUUUGGAUUCUUGAUAAUCAUUUACAUUCACUCGUGCAGUGUUGUCCUCCUAAUGUAGAGAAGCAACCUAAUUACUUAUAAGGAGCUUGUGGUUUAAAAAAAGCUAUGUGGAUUUGAGAAAAAUGUGAUUCCCAAAUAUAAAGGGACCUCUUCAUGGUCCACCACUUUCGAUGUAUAUUCGGGUGCUAGAGCAACAUCAGUGGUGAUGAGGCUGAGAUCUGUUAUGGAGAAUUGGAAGUGAGGGUUGGAGAGUAGGUUAGAGACAAAGUAAUUGAUUUCAUAUGUCCAAGAACUAAAAACUCGCCUAAACAUUGUUGAACCUAGACAAAUACAUAUAUGCUAUAAUGCUACUAUAUCAUUUACAGACGCAAACAGUUCAUAAUCCGACAUCGUGGUAUGGUUUGGUAUGCAACGUCAGCCUUGAUGAUGCAUGAACAGCUGCCGACGAAAAGCAACAAGAACCAAUGAUAAACCAAAACCAAGCGCGAGCCCGUAAGAAAAAUCCAAGGCAGUGUCAUUAUCUCUGUCACUGUCACUGACUCUUGAUCGUUUUUCGUCUGGCGUAUCACCUGGACACUGAAGGCAGUGAUCACCGGCAAGAUGGUUGCCCUCGAAGCUCGAGUUUGGGAAUGUCAUAAAUUGGCCACCAGAUGGGAUAUUCCCUGAGAGGCUAUUGUUAGCAACACUGAACUUGGAUAGGAACGUUAGUCUCUCCAGAGAUGCCGGGAUCGAACCGGAGAUGCGGUUAUUGGACAGAUCAAGAGUCUCUAAGCUCUCCAUCCUUGACAGCGUGCCAGGGAUUGAUCCCGAUAACAUAUUGCUAUUAAGAUCAAACACAUGGAGUUUCUUCAGAUUUCCAAACGCCUUCCAAAUGGGUCCAGAGAGAUUGUUUUGGCCGAGCUGAAUCGUUGGUGGGAACCCGUGAACAUGUUUAUACUGCAGAGCCCUUGCAUUCACAUUGUUGUAAAAGAAUGGGGAAUUUGGAGGUGGUUCGAGGAAGGUGGGUUCUCGUUCAGAGAGGCUCGGCAGCAUUGUCAGGCUUCUUGGGAUCUCUCCCGUGAGCGAGUUUCUCGACAAAUCCAAGUAGAAAAGACUGCUGAAACCACCAAUCCAGUUCGGGAUAGCUCCACUCAAAUGGUUCCAUGAGAGAUCCAACAGUUGCAGAUUGGUGCUCUUAGUUAACCAGCCCGGGACAGUACCAGUGAGGUUUGAAUUUCCAAAAGCUAACACCUCCAGCUUCUUGAAACGAAGAUUCAGGUCGUCAGGCAACAUUUCACCGUAGAAGUUCAUAGCGAGAACCAGGGUUGUCAGGUUCUUGCAGCGCUCGAGGAUGCGAAGCGUUGAUGAGAUGUUAACGAGGCUGCAGUUUGAAAGCGAUAGAUAGGACAAGCUAUGCAAGUCCUCGAAGCUCUGUGGCAACUCCCCGUCAAAGUGGUUUUGCGCUAGAUUCAUGUACUUGAGGUGUCUGCAAGACGGUAGAUAUCCAAGCAAAGAGGCAUUGAAGUUAUUGGAUCCCAGAUCAAGGGAGGUCAAGUUAGUCAUCGCGGCACAAUCCAGAUGCCAAGGACCACUCAGUGAGUUGUUCCUCAGGUUAAGAAGGAUCAAGUUCCGUGAACUCGACAGCGACCUGGGGACUCCUCCUGCGAAUCUAUUAGCCUGAGCCACCAGAUACUUGAGCUCCGGUAAUGUGUUGAACACGUCAGGGAUUUCACCGGAGAACGUAUUCCAUGAGAUAUCAAAACGAACAAGUCCGGAGAGGUUACCAAGCGCAGGACUCAGUGUACCGGAGAGAGCGUUUUCUUGAAUCCCCAAAAGAUUCAGUCUCUGAAGCCGAAACAGAUCCUCAGGUAUAUUACCGCUGAGGUCGUUUCCGCCGAGGGAGAGCUGUUCGAGCAGAGCGCAUUUAUCGAACCCAGAUGGAAUUUCACCGGAAAAACGGUUCGACUCCAGUCUGAUCAGCGUAAGCUCCGUAGAGUUUUGGCAAACAUGCGCCGGAAGCGAACCGUUCAACAUGUUGGAGGAAAAAUCGAGAUUCAUCAGUGAAGGAACACUCAAGCUCUCGGGGAUUUCGCCAGACAAUCCGUUAGAGCUCAAAUCUAGAGUUUCUAGGUUUAUCAGAUUGAAAAUCGACGGAGGGACUGAGCCUAAGAUGAGAUUGUUGGAGAGAUUAAGAACUCUAAUCUGAUCCAGGAGCCCAAGAGAUUCAGACAACUUACCGGACAAUCUUCUGUUCACAAGCUCCAGCUCGGUGAUUCUCGCAGCCGCAAUGUUGUCUGGAUCCUUUGAGUUACAUGUGACCCCCUCCCAUUCACAGCAAUCUCCAGUAGAAUUGAAGGCCCAGCCGUCUGGCUUCCGGUCGAGCUCGUUGGCGAAGCCACGCAAGGCCUCCUGGUCACGUGGAUGGCACCUAAGGUUCUGAGAGUUUGAUGAGUAGAAGAAUAGCUCUAUGACUACGACGGUCAUCACCCACCAAUAAUGGUGAAGACCCAUGUCGGAAGAGGAAGAGAGAAAGUGAAUCUAAUUUCCAAAAUUGAAGCUUUAAUUGAAUAUCGGAGGAGAUACGGCGUGCAAGAGUGCAAGAGACAGACGCAUGAGAUGAGAUAUGGGGAGAGAAAGAGUUGAUUAGUGAUUUCAAAUUUUCAAGUCUUUCCGUUGACUGGAAAAACAAAACUUUUCU